UAAAGUCUCAAAUUUGCUUCGGCUGCAAACAUAGAGAUAACUAUGAAUAUGGAUAGGGAGUCACUGCCUGUUCUUUCUCUCUCUCUCGUCUUCUGAUAAGAUUACCUAUUUCUUCCUUAGAUUCCUUUUGUAAAAGAAAAAUAAAAUGGGUUUGCUUCAAAAUUCGUGAUAAAAGAUUAAAGAAGACAGCAAGAAUGGGAGAAGAAGAGCAACACCAAAACUCGACAGAAUCUUUCAUGGCAAUGAAAGCUGGUCUCGGGCAGGCCAUUGAGGUUAUAUCUUCUUUGAUUUCCCUUUCUCAUUCUAUCAAAGUUUUCAGCGUUAAAUGGCAGCUUAUCCGAAAGAAGCUUGAAGAGUUAAAUUCAGGCUUAAUGGCCGCUGAAAACUGUGAUUCAAGCCAAAACACACAAGUCUUUUCUGGCUUGAUCCCUUCCGUUUUGGUCACUGCAAAUGAGUGUCAUAAUCUUGCAAGAAGCUGUGCGGAUCUUUCCUACAGUGGCAAGCUCUUGAUGCAAAGCGACCUUGAUGUGAUGAUUGCAAGAUUUGACAGCCAUGUAAAGAAUCUCUCUGGGAUUUACAGUGCUGGGAUUCUGAGCCAUGGGUUUGCCAUUGUGGUUUCAAGGCCUGGCCUUGGUGCUGGUAAAGACGACAUGAGGUUUUACAUAAGAGAUUUGCUGACAAGAAUGAAGAUAGGCGACAUAGAAAUGAAAAGGCAAGCCUUGGUUAAUUUAUAUCAAGUUGUGGAUGAAGAUGAGAGGUAUGCUAAACUCGUAGUGGAAGUUGGUGGCAUUGUGAAUGUGUUAGUAGGCUUUCUUGAUUCACCUGAGAUGGAGAUUCAAGAAGAGGCUUCAAAGAUUGUAUCUUUACUAUCAGGGUUCGAUUUGUACAAGGGGGUUUUGGUUGGAGCUGGGAUUAUUGGGCCUUUGGUUCGGGUUCUGGAAAAUGGCAGUGAGUUGGGUAAAGAAGGAGCCGCUAGGUGUCUUCAGAGAUUGACCGUUAAUUCAGACAACGCAUGGUCAGUGUCGGCUCAUGGUGGGGUGACUGCCCUUCUGAAAAUAUGUUCAAGCGGUGAGUUUGGAGGGGAACUGAUCGGUCUUGCUUGUGCGUUGUUGAGAAAUCUUGUUGGGGUUGAAGAGAUAAAGAGGUUUAUUGUUGAAGAAGGUGCCAUUUCAACGUUCAUCAAGCUUGCAAGAUCAAGAGAUGAAAUCGUGCAGAUAAAUUCAAUGGAGUUCCUUCAGAAUAUGGCUUCCGGAGAUGACUCAGUUCGUCAAAUGGUUGUUAGAGAAGGAGGGGUUCGUGCAUUAGUACGCGUUUUGGAUCCGAAAUCAUCGACCUCUUCAAAGACAAGAGAAGUAGCAUUGAGGGCAAUUGAGAAUCUAUGUUUCUCUUCGCAGAGUUGCAUAAACAUGUUGAUGAAUUUCGGGUUUAUCAAUCAACUGUUCUUCUUGCUACGCAACGGUGAGGCUUCGGUUCAAGAAUUGGCACUGAAGGUAACGUUUAGGUUGUGUAGCGCAUCAGAAGAGGCUAAAAAGGCAAUGGGAGAUGCCGGUUUCAUGCCUGAACUUCUCAAAUUGCUCGAUGCAAAGUCAUAUGAAGUGCGUGAAAUGGCAACCGAGGCACUCUCUAGCUUGGUCUCGGUCCCAAAAAAUCGAAAACGAUUCGUUCAAGAUGAUCGGAACGUAGGCUUUCUUCUCCAGUUGCUUGAUCAAGAGGAUGGCAUAUCAGGUAACAAAAAGCUCUUACUAUCUAUAUUAAUGUCAUUGACAAAUUGCAACAGUGGAAGAAGAAAAAUUGCCAGUUCCGGAUAUCUAAAGAACAUAGAAAAGCUCGCUGAAGCUGAAGUUUAUGAUGCCAAAAAACUUGUCAGGAAGUUGUCUACCAACAGAUUUCGUAGUAUUCUAAGUGGAUUUUGGCAUUCUUGAAUGUAAUAUUUUUUGUUUUUGUUUUUGCUUACUGUAUAUCUCUGCAUAAGCGUUAUGCAAGUCUCAUUAACUUGUUUUUACAAAUCUUUUAAUGUCACUGUAUCCUAAAUCCAUCUCCUUGGUAAAAAAAAAGAAAAGGAAAAACAGCUUUUGAACAGCUUUUUGUUUUACUUGUAAUCAUUAGUAAUCAAAUAAAAGCUGUUCUUAUAGAUUCUGUAAA